UAGCGUUUCAAUCGGUGACGUCACUCGCUCUGAGACCUUGAAGUAGUGGUUCCCCUUCCUCUGCAAGGGCCGCAGCUUUUGUGGAGCGAUGGGUAACAAUGCUUCAUGGGUGACUGUUGUCUGCAGGCCUUAAUCCCCCUCCAUACCCAUAGCUACCCCCUCUGUCAAAUUAACAGCUUUGAACGUCUCUAAAUGAUGAAUGCACUAAUUGUAAGUCGUUCCAGUUAAGAGCGUCUGCUAAAUUACUAAAAUGUCUAAUGUAAAAGUUAAUGGUUUCCAUGAUUGAGUCGUGCCUCUGGUCCUCGGGGCUGCGGGACCCAGCACAUGCAGAGCCCCCCCGGUGGGGUCGGCUGGGUGAGGGUAAAUCAACACCUCCCUGUGUGUUUGCAGAGUGCCAGGCUGAUCUGGGAUUUCCCUCCCAAGCCGGGGGUAGGGUCUUAAAGUGAUUAGGGUCGCAAUCAGGAGUAGGGGGUAAAUGUUUCCAGUCUCUGACCCCUGCUUCUCUCUCCGCUCCUCUGCUCUAAGCCUUGUUGUUCUGGGUGGUCAAUAUGGAAGGGCAGAGUGCGAAUUGUCAUUAGGCCUAUACUAUUUUAGCCUGAAUUUAGUGAUGUGUCUUGCUGAGAAAUUGACCUUUUUUGUAAAAAGAAAAGUCUGGAAACCUGAAAGGGGCUGAAAUACGGGACGUAAAUACAGCUGUGUCCGUCCCAAGCUCAUCGGCGUGGAAAACUGUAAGGCACCGUUGAAACAAUGUUGUAAGUUCGCUAGCAGGCGGAGAAGAGAGAUGAAUGCGAUUAAAAGAACCUGAACCAACUGUCACUUAUUCAAACCAUGACAGAGAGGUGGAAGUGUUCGUUUCAUUUGGAAAAAUAUUUAAUUUUCAUAUUUACCACUGUAUCAGUACACAAUUGCAUUUUUCUAAAUAGGAGAAUGGUUCAAUUAGAGACCCCCUACCCCCAAAGUUGGACUUUCGUUGCAUUUAUGGGAUCUCAUGUCUGAUUUGGGGGUUCUGUGUUCCCCCCGUAAUUCGCACACUAUGGAAGGGUGAUGGAGGUCGAAGAAGGUAGACCAUGUCUUCAGGUGAGAUCUGUAGUAGACAAACAUGUGUACAGUCAGUGAGAAAAUAGCUGAUGCACAUGAUAUUGAACAGAAUGCUAAAUAUCCAGUAAGUGUAUGCUUAUGAGGACUUUUAUACUAUGUGUAUACUGUACAUCAAGUGCAGCCAGUUAAAGAGGUUGUGUAUUGUUAUGACAGCUGUGAUUAGGGAAAGUUGCCUGUGAAUCCAAACACGUAACUAAUUUAAUCCCCAAAGGGUUUUUCACCACUUGAGUGAUAUCGAUGUUUGGCCCAGGGUGUUUUUAUUUUGUCUGUCUCACUGUGUUAGUGCCACCUCUUCCCUCUCCAGAGCACUUAACAAUACCACCUCACAGAAUGUCUGUCCUCAAGCGCAAAGACUGGACUCUGCGUCCUGUCCAGUCCACCACUCCUUCUAAUCCUGUCCACUUCCUCCAGCAUUAUCUAAUGUUUCAAAGACUUCCUUUUGAGCUUGCUAUCAGCCAAAGAGCCUCAGAGGUCAACUUUCCCAUCCCAGCUCUGGAUGCCAAGACAAGCAGUCUCCAUGGCUGAGAGGACUUCCCCAGAGACGCAACAGUGAUCCAGGCCAGCUGAGUGGGGUCAUAUCACAGCCAGAGAGUCAACCUAAUCAUUAAUUAACUACAGUAAUUAGAGGUUCACCCCCCCUAACCUCUCAUUUUGCUUUGUCUACCUCCUGCCUCCUACUCCUGGAGGCCCCCUUCACCCCACAGACACACUCAGACACCCACCUUCAAUGACUGCUAUUUAAAAAUACCCUCCCAGGCACAGAAAGGCCCAGAGAUGGAACAAAUGUUGAGGUGGGGAUCAUUUUAAGGUAACAGGAAAUAAGAGGGAGAGUUUGGCGUGGCAGGGGAGCUCCGUUUGAAAAGCCUGCCUGCCCCUCUACUCUACCCAAUGUCCUGGCUGGUUUAACUCACAGGGACCAUGACUGUCUGCCACCCAAUAUUCACCUCUCUCUCUUUCAACUCUGGAAAUAAUCACUUAUAGUCUCCAGAAUUAGCACAACAGAGAGAGAUGUGGGUUUGUAUAGGUGACCAUUAUAGGCUACAUACAGAGCACUUCUCAAGCACCACUUCUGAAAGGAAUGACUGAAUGUGCUGUACGAUAAUAGAAGUUCAUCCCUGCUUUCCCUUUGUUUGGUAUUAAUAAAUGAACAACGUACAUUUUCUUAAGUAUUUUCAUUAUCGCCAGCCUAGAUGUCCAUUCAUAUACCAUCAUUUUUAAUCAUCAUUGUCUCCCGGCCCCUAGCAGAGUAUGAAAGCAAGGCUUCCCCUUCUGAGAGGAAAGAAGAAGUACACCUUUACUCAACGAUUACCACUCUGUAGUGUUUUACCAGUUUAUUUAGCCCAGCUCCUGUAAUACAUUCUGAUGGGAACACUACUACUCAUACUUCUAAAUGUGUCUGUGAGAGAAGCCAGAGUAUUUUGAUAAGCAGUAAUCAAGUCUCUACUCUGUUGAUUGAGGCCUGGAAGACAAGCUGUUGAAGGGAGAGGAGAGGAGCGGUGUGUUGUGUUCUGUUUGAGCCUGUUUAUGAGCACGACCACCCUGUGGGAUCCCUGAGGAGCAGAGAGGCAGCUGGCAUGUUCUGCCUCACAGUCCGGAGGCUGGGUUGGAGGAUGAGCGCUGCCCCCUGCAGACAGGCUGUGACAGGGCCGGGGCCAUGUGUGUGUGUGACGCCCGUCACUCUUGCCUGGGCUCCUUCAGCUACCCUGACAUGGAAUCCUGCAUGAGGGCCAGCAAGACGGAAGGCCGUAGACAUGAGCACCAGGAGAGGCAAAGGGAGAAGUUUGUGGGACCCUCCGACCCAGCCUGCAUGUUUUCUGGGUGCAACCUGACAGCACAGGGCUGUGUGUGUGAAUCGCAGAGCUGCCACUAUCACUCCUCCUACAUCAACCGCAGCCAGUGCCAGGAAGCCGCAGAGGAGCUGAAGUGUGCCGCGACCACAUGUCCUGCUCUGCCGGUACCUUCCUGUCCUGAGGGCUCGGUUCUGACCAAGAGCUACACUCCCCCUGCUGGCUGCUGCCCCACUGUGCCCCCCCAGUGCACCUGUGACCUACGCGCGUGCCACAAGCCCCAGUGCCCCUCCGGCCAGAAGACUGUACCACUCAGUCAGGCCACCGGAAAGCCAGGAGACUGCUGUGACAUGUUCGAGUGCCAGAAAGUUUCUCCCAAGUGUGUCCACAACGGGAAGGAGUUUUCAGAGGAGGAGGUGUACCGUAUGGACACGUGCUGGCUCUGCCAGUGCCGAGGAGGGAUAUCCUUCUGCUCCAAAGCAGAAUGUGCGGAACUCGACUGUGAGAACUUCUACAUCCCGGAGGGAGAAUGCUGCCCAGUAUGCAUAGAUGUGGAGCUCCUGUCUAUGGACAGCACGGAGGCCAGCUGCUGGGUGAACAACAAGCUGCGUGGCCACGAGGAGCAGUGGAAGGAGGAUGACUGCACCUUCUGUCAGUGUGUGGAUGGAGACCCUCACUGUACCGCCAUGGCCUGCAAACAGAGCUGUCAGAACCCAGUCAAGAUCCCAGGAGAAUGCUGCCCCUUCUGCGAGGAGCCUUCGUAUGAGACAGUGAGCCCCAUGCUGUGUCCUCGUCUGGAAAACUGCUCUCGAUCAGGGAAAGACUGUCCCUACGGCUUCCAGCAGGACAACAACGGCUGCCUGCUCUGCCAGUGCCUCAACCAUGAAUCCUGCCCUGACCUGGGGGCAUAUUGCUCCCUGCAAUGCCCCAUGGGAUACGAGAAGGAUAACUUUGGCUGCGAGGUGUGUGAGUGCAGCUCUCCAAUGCCCAAGUGCAGACCCCUGACCUGCAGCAAGACCUGUCCCUACGGAUAUGUGAGGAAUAAGCACGGCUGUGAGAUGUGUCGCUGUAUCAAGUGUCCCCCCUUCACCUGUGACAAGAACUGCAGCGAUGGCUACCGGCAGAACAGGAAGGGCUGCUCCAUCUGCAUGUGCAAAGAGAGUGACCACCUGCCAAGCACCACUGCCCCCGCCCCCAUGCCCAGCUACUGCCUGACCUCCAACAGGCACCGCUACGAGGAGGGCGAGAGCUGGCACGACGGCUGCCGAGACUGCUACUGCCUUGCUGGGAGAGAGAUGUGUGUGCUCAUAUCCUGCUCUGUGCCCAGUUGUCCCAACCCCGUGGUCAGGCCUGACCAGUGCUGUCCCACUUGUGAAGAUGAGUCAGGCAGUGGUCAGCCAGAGGGCAUGGACCUGGUAGUGUGUCGAGCCCCUGGGGGGAAACUCUAUGUGGAGGGAGAGACCUGGAACCUGGACGAGUGUACACGCUGCACCUGUAGGAAGGGCCGCGUCCUGUGCGACACUGAAGUGUGUCCCCCUGCAGUGUGUCAGGCCCCAACCAGGAACAAGGACACCUGUUGCCAUGUCUGCCCAGAGGACAAGCGGGGUCCCCAGCUCCCAGGGAGCACCAGUCAGCAGGAGUACUGUAUCUCCAGCGAGGGAGAUGUGCUUUUGGCUGGGGACACCUGGAAGGCCAAUGCCUGCACCAGCUGCACCUGCAACAAUGGAACCAUUCAGUGUUUCUCCCAGCGCUGCCCGCCUGCCAACUGCAGGGUGCCCGUCCUGCGCAAGGGCCAGUGCUGCCCUCACUGUCUGGAAAUGACAACAACGUCUGUUCCAAUGAUGGUGUCGACCAAGGCCCCCAAGACCAGGGUUACUACCACAGUGGACAAUACAGUCUGGAUCACCACUGUCCCUUUGCCCCCUAUCAUUGCUGCUACAGAUGGUAACAACCUGGGAGAGAACAUCCCCAGUCAAACUGAGAUGGCUCUCAUCUACCAAUCAGCUGCCUGGAUACUGGCCGGUCUCCUCCUGGCCAUCGUCAUCUUCCUCAUUGUGGCAGUCCUCAUUAACAAGAAGAAAAAGUGGGUGCAGAUGUCGUGCUACAGCGCCCCCAAGAAGACUGUGAUCCUGAAGAAGCAUGCGAAUAAGAACUCGGUGGUGUACAUGGAACCUUCAAAGGAGAACAAGUUCCAGAGCGUGAAGAAUGACUGUGGCAUCAACUUCUCCCCAGAGAUGAGCUCACCAUGUGGGGAGAGGAUGCUCAUCCCCCGGGCCAAGCUGAGUACGGGCCAGGGCAGGGGACAGCGCUAGACCCCCCUCCCCCUAAACACCAACCCCCGUUCACCAGACCCCCAAACUCCACUCUGCCCAAAGGGCUACCAAGCACCACCUCUUCUCUCUUUUCUCACAUUUUCAUGGUGAUCGAUCCACAACAAUGCAAUGCAACUGUCUGUUGCUUUAUCAUACUACAGUGAGGAGAGACUGGGGAGGCAGGAGGAUGUGGCCAUUAUGGGACUUUGCCAUACAGUUCACCACAGACAGAGUGACAGUCAGCCAGAGAGGCUACUAGUCAGCCAGAGGCUACUAGUCAGCCAGAGAGGCUGCUAGUCAGACAGAGAGGCUGCUAGUCAGACAGAGAGACUACUAGUCAGACAGAGAGGCUACUAGUCAGCCGGAGAGAGCUCUGAAAUGUGAACAUGAUCAUCAUCACUUCUCACCUCCUCUGGAACUAGAACAUGAAACUAAUAGGAGGAAUAUAACAGCUUCAGGACAGGGGUUUGGGUUCUAGUCGAGAGUCUCUAGUUUGCUGUUUUCUAUGUGCCGCAGCACAGCAAUCAAUUCAUCAACAAUUGUUUUAGUGAUGCCAAUUUAGCCGGUCUUCCAGUUGUAAUCAAAAUUGGAUGGGAGGGUAAGUCAACUAUCAGAUGAAUGGCUAGUUCCAUGACUCGCUCCUCUCCCCAGUCAAUGACUUUGAGCAGCAUCAGAACCCAGCAGACUAUGGCCCAGAAAAAUAAAGAAACCCAAACUCCUGCUUUAGAACGUGUGGUUUCCAUCUUAGUUUUUUUAAAAAAUAUAUUUCUAUGUGUAAUAGUUGUAGUGUUUUUCUUGGUCAAGCCUCGUUUUUGUUAUGGAAGUUUCCAUGGUGGCAAGAUUAAAACAUUGUAAAUGCCAGACUAAACAUUCCCCAUCAAUGCAAAGGAAUGAAACUCUUCUAUUCCCACUUACUGUAGUGGUUUCUGUCUGCCUCAAAGGUGAUGACCAAAAUCAUUCCAUUCUGAAAACAACCAACCACCCUGGGGAGAGGGAAAACAGUGUGAAUGUAUUCUGCCUCAGCUGUGAAGCCAGUGUGUCUGUCUGUAAUACAUUAAGGUUCUUCACCCUUCUGUACUCAACAACUCCCUUUAGAAGGAAUCAUCCCAUUGGCUGGACUUCAUCUACAAAUGGGAAUGGACUUCAAGAUUAGGUGGAUUAAUACUAAUCCAGAGUGUUAUUUUAUAGCUUGCAGAUAAGAGGACUCGUUACAGGAAACUACAGAAGCAGUUCCAGACAUUCUGGAGUUACUCAUGAGGAAUGUCAACAUACAAUAAGCCUCACUUAUAUAACUUCAUUUACAGCUGUGCGUAAACAUGAGCUACUGUUUCCAGAGAAUGUUAACAUACAUUAGUAGCCUUUAUCUUAUAGCCUUAAUGUUUUUCAUAUUUCAUUGUUUCUCCUGUAAUGACUUGUGCCAUGUAUUCCAUGCCAAGGUCACCUGACUGAAGGUCUCCCCAUUCCCACCAGUUUAUAACGUAUUACAAUGAACAGGGGCAAGGGUCUCAAGGAGACUCUGCUAUGAAAUGCAAAUAAUGGUACAUUCCAACAGCGCAUGUUCAUAAAAUGUAGCACUUUUGUUAGGAUCCAGUGUUUUAAAAAGCUGUGGGUGAGAUUCCUGGUGGGAUAAAGGCCUAAUCAAGGAUUUGAUGGGCAUAUUUAGCACAUGGAGGUGAUGAAUCACUCAAGUAAACAUAAUGGUGCAGCAAAUUCUAGGCUUAUUUAACAAUCUGAUCAACCUAGUGAAAUGGAUGUGCUUCAGAGCAUUACAAAACAGACUGGGGUUUAUUAGGAAAUCUUUGGAUCUGAUUUCAUAGUUACAUUGCCAGUCUCU